GUGUAAUAUAAAUGAAAAAAUAUUAAUGUAUCAUCAAGGUAAAUUAAUUAUAAAUGAAUUGUUCACACUGUUAAUAACAACUGAAUAUGCUACGACGAUUUGUGACGUGUUUUAUUUUACAUUACGUAGUACGCCAUGAAUUUAUCAACCACUUAAUUUUGCAAUGAGAAAAAAAUAACGAAUUUUUUAAUUUAAACUUUAUUACUUGACAUAGGUAUUUUAAAAUAAUAAGUGUAUUUCUCAUACAUUACGUAUAAAAUCAAUUAAUCAGAAUGAAUUAUAACAUAUUUAUAUUUAUCUUGGCAGUGAACGUUUCGAGUGAACACAAAAAGUAUGAUAAAGGGUAUGCAAUUAAUUUUUUAAAUUCAUUUUUACAAAAAAACAGGUGGGAACUUUUAUCAGAGACAAAAGUGUAUGACCAUCUAAGCAGGUCUUGGAUUCACACGCAUAAACUACUAAUAAAUAAACAUUAUUGUUGUAAAGGUUCGAUCGUCGAUAAAAAUAAUGUUAAUCAAAAGUUAAGAGAAACAAUGGUACUUAUUAAUCAUGAGUACAUAAGAAGUUUGUCUUGGAUCGUGUAUCAUUUACAACAUAUUUUAAGUGCUUGUUUUGUGAAAAAUUUUAUUAAGGCUUCAAAAGAUUACCCAUAUUAUGAAUUAAUAAAAUUUGUUGGAUUGAUAAGCAGAGAAAUAAAUGAAAAUGACAAUGAAUAUGUGAAACGAAUUUAUUAUAAAUUCUAUGACGAGUACGAAGAGAGAUAUUGUAAUUUUAUCAAAAUACUUCGAAAUUAUUGCAUUGAUCAAAGAUAUACUGUUAAUUGUGAUGUGGAUGAUCUUAAUAGGUAUAUAAAGAAAAAUAAUAAACCUAAAACGUUUGAAAUGUAUGAAUUUAUAGAAGUUACCUUAAGAAAUGGUAUAGAAGAUAAGGAAAAAAAAUUUUAUUCUAAUCUGGGCUUUUUUUAUGAUGAAGUAAAACAUGAAACUUCUUAUGUUUAUGAAAAUAGAAAAAAAAAGUUUUUUAUAUAUAGCCGAUAAAUUGUUAAAGACACUGUUUCUCUAACAAACGAUAUGUGUGAAAAUUAAAUAAAAUAAUUCCAUAUGUUUAUAUUAUAUUAUAUAUCAUUGGGUUUAGUUAGCCUUUUAAAAUGUAUCAUCUAGACAAACUUAGUAAACGUAUAGUAGGUAAUGUUGUAGUAUAGCACAAUAAUAAUUUCUUUAUGUCAUUGAUUAUUACUCUAGUAAAAAUUAAAUAUUUAAUACUUAUAAUAAAGUGUAUAUACGAUGUAAAAGUUAUCGUAUGAGAUGCCCAAUUUUAGCUAUAAAGUAAUCUUAUAAAAGUUUAAAUGAAUUAUAUAAAAAAAAUUAUGCCAUUUUAUACUAACAUAAAACAAAUAAUACAUUAGACUUAAUUAUCUGGAUGGCGUCUUGUUGCCUCUUAUGUUCAUGAAUGGAAAAUUGAAAAUAGAAAAAAAAUUUUUUUUUAACUUUUAAAUUGUUAAAGUC